UCUGGAGUGUCCAACGGAGUGGGGGUUGCGGAUAGCGGAGAACGGACGCAGCGCAGACAAAUGCGAGGGCCAGGCUGGCCAUCAGGUAAAGGUCGUGUGGGAGUGGAAAGAAGUAGAACCAGCAGCAAAAAGCAGUGCGGAGUCGAAUCGGAGCGUGCGCGCGCGUUAAAUCGUACACUUUUCGGAGUACUCUCUCCUUCGACAUGGCAGAAGCUUACCGUUACACGCGUGACCUUACUACAAACAUCUUUCAACGAUUUUUUCUCUUGGCGUGAAAAAAGUGCCUUCUCGUAUGGUUAAGUGUUACAAGCGUUACACGGACGGUGGAUGGAAGAGAGCAUCAUCGUUGAUUUGGGAUCGAGACCGAAGAGAUUUUUCUCUGAAGGACGAUCAGACCCAACGUAGUCGGUCUUGCAAGGUUAGAUUAGCGAGAAUGGGGGGUAGCCUGCCGAGCGGAUGGAUGAGGAGGAUUCUCCUCUUCCUCGUUUUGAUAACCGGCGUACUUCUUAUUGCCAUGUACGCGCAUGCACCGCCACUUGCCUCGUUGCAGCCCUUCACGACACGUCGAUUGGAAGAGUUCGAACAGGGCUUGGUAACCUUCUUGGUCGAUAAUGAGAGCACCAAAAAUCCGGAGGAUCGCCUAUACAAGUACCUUGAUGCACUAAGGAAAAAGAACUCUACCGGACGUGAUGAACGGACGGUCUUUCAAAGUCCCUGGUCAUGGACGUGCGUUGCUGGUCGUUGCGAAAGAAGGGCCGUGAGAUCGUCAAGAAUCUCUUUAGCAACUUGUACAGCUCUUUGCGGUGGUAAUACUCGUCUCUUGUGGCCUAGACCUACAGGAAACAUCAUCCUUGGAGAUGAAAGCGUUACUAUGCAUUUACAGCAGAUCGAAUUCGUGACAGUAAAUACGAGCGAUCGAGAUGUAAAGACUUUGUUGGAAUAUGCCAAAGACGUUUUCUUAGGAAACGUAAGAAGUCUGAUUCGAGUGGCAAACGUCAAAGGUAGAUCAGGAAUCGAUAGUUUUCUGAUAUAUUUAAGUGCUGGCAAUUCACGUGGGACCAAAUUAACCAUUGACACGGACGAAUCUUACACGCUCGAGCUUAUUUUAAAGGGUAAGAUUUUGGAAGCUCGUAUAACGGGAAAAAGCUACUACGGUGUGCGUCACGGCCUCGAGACACUUGGGCAAAUGAUCUGGUGGGACGAGAGCGCCGAAAGGCAAGGUUCUCUACGUGUACUCUCUCGUGCUUCGAUCGAGGACAAGCCAGUUUUUUCAUAUCGUGGUCUACUCGUCGACACAGGGAGACAAUUCUUCGGGAUCAACCAAUUAAAGAGGCUGAUCGACGGUAUGGCUGCCUCGAAACUGAACACCUUUCAUUGGCACCUAACGGAUUCUCAGAGCUUCCCCUUUGACUCGGUACAGUUCCCGGAAAUGGCGAGAUGGGGCGCAUACAGUGGCGAUCAAGUUUACACACCGGAUGACGUUAAAGACCUCGCUGAUUACGCAAGAAUUCGAGGAGUCAGGGUGCUCGUUGAGAUCGACUCUCCCGCUCAUGCUGGUGCUGGUUGGCAAUGGGGAACGGAACAUGGGUAUGGUGAACUAGCACUUUGCGUGGACCAACAACCUUGGACAUCUUACUGCGGCGAACCAAACUGCGGUCAGCUAAAUCCGAUAAACGAGCACUCGUAUAGGAUACUAGAAGGUCUCUAUAGGGAGUUGUUGGACCUGACCGAAGUACGAGAUAUCAUUCACCUUGGGGGAGAUGAGGUGAACCUCGAUUGCUGGGCACAGUACGGAAAUAUAACCGCGGCGAUGCAAGCACAAAAUAUGACCGAUCAUCAUGCUAUGUGGGCGGAAUUCGAAACGAAAAUGUUCCAACGAUUGGUUAAGGCAAAUCAUGACGAAGUACCGAAGGCUGUCAUUUUGUGGAGUUCUCCACUCACGAAGCGUCCAUAUAUUACGACGUAUUUUGAUCCAAAGAUACACGUCAUCCAAUCUUGGGGUGGUAGCAAUUGGCUUGAAACCUCGGAUCUUUUAGAAGAUGGUUUUCGAGUGAUAUUGUCACACGUGGACGCUUGGUAUUUGGAUUGCGGAUUUGGUAGAUGGAGAGAAACCGGUGAAGCUGCAUGUGGCGAGUAUCGUACCUGGCAAACGGUUUACAAUCAUAGACCUUGGAAGGAGUAUCCUCAGCAGCAGAUGAAUUUAAUUCUCGGUGGUGAAGCUGCAAUUUGGAGCGAGCAAAUGGGUCAGGCGUCCUUGGGGCCACGAGUUUGGCCAAGAGCAUCGGCUCUCGCCGAAAGAUUAUGGAGCGAUUUACCAACCAAUGGUUAUUCCACCGACGAAGGUGUGUACACGAGGUUAGCAGCUCACGUUGAAGUGUUAACGAGUCGAGGCAUCAAGACGGAAGCCAUGUGGCCACAAUGGUGCUCUCAGAAUCCUGGCAAAUGCCUCUGACCGAUCGUCAGAUGAUUGAGAAGGAGCAUUAUUCUAUUACAUGGAUCGUGGAGAUCGAUUGCGACGAGAGAACGCUAGAAAAACCAAAACGGACGGCCAUCCCUCUCAACGGAACGUCGAAAAAUGAAAGAAAUUAGAUUUGUCCGAGUAGGUCGCUAUAAUUUUUCAAUAAGACAUCGAUCGAAUCACAUCGAAGUGAUACUCGUGACUGCCAUGAAUACUCGUGUUGCUUGCGAUAUUGCUGCACGACGAGACGGAACGACGAUCCGUGAUAAUAAUGGCCUCUUAGAAAAUAAGAACGAACAAACCUUGACGUUUUUUGAAAGAUCAAGCAAGACAGAAGAACCCUUCUUCCGGUCGCGCGCGCACUCUUAACGGACCGGUACCUAUCGAUCGAUUUCGAAGGAACGUCACGUUAAUCAAUAAAAUUCUAUGAUUCCGUUAUCUUUUCUGGAUAUUUUAAGGGGUUGGGAAACAUACAUAUAUGUUCGUAUGUAGAUCGAAAGUAAAAGAUAUAUCUUAAAAAUAUAGGUAAACCGAUUAAUUUCAAAAUUAUCUAUCGCACCCUAAACGAGAUAAUAGCGAAUGGUUUUGUAAGAUAUAUUUUUUCGAUGGUUAUCGUCUAUGGUGAAAGUAUUUUUUUUUCACAAUACACCGAGUACAGGAAAAGAAGGAAAGAUAAUGUAGUUUCUUCGAAUUAACGGAUCGUUUAAUUAUAAGAAACAAAUAGAAAGUACUAUACAGUGCUGAAAAGAAAUCUCGCGGGAUGGCACAAGGGCGCAAGGGGGGUAUACCCUGACGUUCCAUCCUGGACCUUUGAUAUUUCUGUAAUCCCUACAGUACAUCUCGUUUAAGGAAGGACUUAAAAUAUGAAAAGAUCUUUUAAGAUGAACGUGAGAUAAGCUUUGUGUGUACAUAGUAUCGCUGUAUGUAAGUGUAUAACGUGGUGUGCGAUGUUACUGUAUUAAGGUUUAGAUUAAUCAUGCUGUGGUGUGGAGAGGAGCGAAAGGGCGAAGAGGGAAGAAUUUACAAGAGACGUAACGUGACGAGACGAGACGUCUUUUUUUAUAUACACACCGGGUGUCUCCGUUUAAUAUUUUUUUUUCUGUUCGAAGUGCCUUUUAAACUGUUCAAUCGUUCCGCGCAUCGCGAUCUCGUUAUAGUGCGUGUGCGUGACGAUCGCGUGUACGUUCCUACAUUCUGAUAAGGAUAGGACCUAGAAAGAUGACAGGAAUGCGCACGUAAUGUACGAACGAUAUAGUGCACACCGAACAUUUAUCUAUCAUAAGAUUACUGGACUGAGGCAUUGCAAUGGCUAUCUCGUUUUAAUCUUGAUUCUUUCUUAUUUAGAUUUAAAAAUUUAUAUGAACGAAGAAAUUUUAAUAAUAUUUGCAAGUUUAAAACUCAUUUGCGAAAUGCAAAGAUAAGCUUUGUGCUUCGUUAUAUUUAUUCGUUGUUCGAUCGUUAAACUCUUAGAUUAUUGAUAUCUACGAAGAAUCAAUUAUAUAAAGCGAUCAUAGCUCCGAGGGCCAGUUGAAAUCUUUGGAAAAGGUACUUUCGUCCAUUGACUUAAAUUUAUACGAAGUGCUCGUGUUAGCUUUGUUAGCCAAAUCUCGAUGAAAUAUAUAUAUACCAAAUGUCAAGCAAUUAUCCGUUGGUAAAUCGAAAAACUGUAUUUUUUAACUAAUUGUUAGAAUUCAGUUCGAGAUACCGAUGUAACAGAAAUUGCUUGUAUGUAGGUACUAGCGAACAAAUUGAUAAUAACGUCGCUAAUGUUUAGCGUGAAAAUAUAUUGUGUUGAUAUCUUUUUACUAACGUUUUAAGAUAAAUGUUGAAAAGGAAAGAUUCGAUGCAGAUUUACUUAUAAAAUAAUAGCGAACAUUACAUUAAAAAAGACCAUAUUGAUGACGAAUACGUUGAGAUUUUAGAUUUUAUCGUUUCAAGACAACUUUGCUGCAUUAUUAGAGACGCUCUAUUUGCAUUUGUCGGGGCCGGUGACAAGAAAUCGAAACGUGAUUUUUAUUUUAUGAUGUAGUUAAUUAAUCAAACAAUUCGAAUUAUUCCGACUAACGAACGUGGGACAAAUAGAAAUAAGAAUGAUUUUCCGCAGAUGUUUCUUAUCGUCCCUUUUAUAAGCAUAAUCUAGGAUUCUUAUUGUUCGAUGAACAAAAUCAUGACUGUUCUUAUUGAAAAUAAGAUUCAUUUUUACGAUACAUAUUUAAAAUAUUAAACAUAAACGAACGAAAAAGGCGAUUCUUACGACCGGCCACCCCGUGUUCAGUUUCCCGAGUGAAAUAAUAACGAAACGAGAAUAGCGUUGUAGUUUUUAAGUGUUUUUAGGAAUGUAUAGUAUUCGCAAAUGUUUAGUAGGAGAAAGGAUUCGUGGUAUGUUUUUAUACCAGCACUUCUUCUUUCUCCCCAUAUUGCGAUAUCAAUGGUGAAUUUAACGUGCGAAAGUAUAUUAUGAAAUAUCGUGUACAGAUACGAUCAGGGAAAGAGUCAUACUCGUAAAAGAACGCAAAAAGGAGAUAAUAAUAAGAACUAAUUAAUAAAAAAAAAAAAAAAAAAAACGAAAACAGGAGAAAAAAGAGAAAAGAAAAGAAAAGAAAAGAAAAGAAAAGAAAAGAAAAGAAAAGAAAAGAAAUACGAAAGUACUGUACUUACUGUUACUUACUGACACUGAUAACCGUAAGCGAAAUACAUAAGACGGGUCCUUGACUUUAGCCAAUGAAAUUAUUCUCGAUGAUUUAGCUAAACGAGUAAAAUAUGUCGUUCGAUGUUUUGCUACUCCGCCUCGUUAUGGAAUGAGAAGAUUGGGAGAAGGAUGGAGAGUGUUAGAUGAAACUAGAUACAGACACAAAUAGUAAUAGUUAAUAUAUUAUAAAGAAAAGAAAUCACGCGUAAUAUUAAUGGGACGUAUUCCUGCGUUUAUACGAUUAUUGGUUUUCAAUGGCAAAAAUGUGCAUAUACAGAACGGUCGUUCCAAGAAAGAUAUACUCUGUUACAAAAUGCGAAUAACAAAUGUUUAACAUAAACUGAAUUUUAAUACGA